AUGGCUAUGCCCGAGAAGAUUCAGUAUGUGGCCAACACCUUUACCAACAUCCGCAAGCUCUGCGCUCAGCGCAAUCAGAAUCAGGGCGCUGGCUUUGUCACUGACUUUCAGGCCUUGGCCAGCAUCGGUGUGGGCAACCCCAGCACGGCCUCCAAGGCGCCUGAAAACAUUGUCAAGAAUCGCUAUGUCAACAUUACGGCCUACGAUGCCUCUCGCGUCGUCCUGAAGGACCAUGACACAGACUACAUCAACGCCAGCUGGUGCCCAUCCUACACCAGCCCGCGCGGCUUUAUCGCCACCCAGGGACCCGUCCCCUCCUCCUUUGAUGACUUUUGGUGGAUGAUCUGGUCUUACAAGGUCGGCGAGAUUGUCAUGGUCACGCGCGAACUGGAAACCAAUGUCUUAAAGUGUCAUCGCUACUGGCCCGAAGACAAUGCUGAGGUGCAGUACGGCAAGGUCAAGGUCAAGUUUACCCGGUCCGCCAUGCACGCCCAUCACAUUGAGCGUCACUUUGAAGUGGGCCUGGCUUCGGGUGGUCCAACCCGGGACGUCGUUCAACUGGCCUUUCAAAGCUGGCCCGAUCAUGGCGUGCCUCUGACAAGUGUCGAAUUUCUCGAGUUUCGAGCCGAAGUUCUCAAGUUUCACGAGCGAGACACCAAGGCCCCCAUCUGCAUUCACUGUUCCGCCGGCGUUGGACGCACUGGCACCUACAUUGCCAUUGACACCGCACUGCAACAAGUGCAAGAGCGCGCCGAGGUGAACAUUGAUGCGAUCAUUGGCCAGCUGCGCCAACACCGCAACUUUAUGGUGCAAACGGUGGCCCAGUACGCGUAUGUGCACAAGGUGGUUCUAGAUGCCCUGAACAACUGGCUCAAGAAGCACAAGGACAUCAUUGAUCGUGAGCGUGAACGCAUGGCCGCGGAGCAGGCUCGGGAAUUGGAGAAGCAGCGGCAAGAGCAGCUGGCUGCUGCUGCCGCUGCCGAAGUGCAGCGUCGCACAGAAGAAGCAGCCGAUGUGAAGGACAAAGAGCCCGAGGCAGAUGAGGAAGUCACGUUGGCCGAGGUCCAAGCCGAGCAGGAGCAGAUGGAUGUGGAAGCAGAGGAAGAGAAGAAGGAGAUUGAGCAGCUCUUUCAGGGUGCACAGCCACGCAUCGUGGUGGUCAAUCCCACAGAGAUCAAGCAAGCCGAGGCCGAAUGGAAGGCCGACACAUAUGAUGUCUCAUACUCCAUGACUUCGGUCGAGUCCAAAUUCGAGUCGCUGCAGUCGAUGGGCGUCAACAUUCAAAAGGCGGCCAUUGAGCAGAUUGCCAAUUUGGUGCGUCAAGCCAAGGAGCUGCGCAUUCGCCAACGCGAAGCCGUUGAGGCGGAGGCACGCGCAAAGAAGGAAGCCAUCGCCAAAGCCGAGCGCGAAGCGGCUGAGCACCAGAAAGCCCAGGAAAAAGCAGAGGCUAAGAAUAAGGCGCAAUCCCGAGCCACACGCUACUUGCGCAAAAUGUCCAUGCCGUCAGAGUAGGCAAGCCAUGGCCCACCUGGACUGUGCGCCAACGUGCAGUCAAAGGCACUUGAAACCCAAAGCCAAAGUUUUAUCACGGCGAUGCUCAAUUCACAAAACCGAAAAGG